AAGUAGCCCGGCCGCGAAAAACUACUAGACAAGGGGCGAAGCCCUGCAGGCUCGCACCGGCCGGCGCGCGGCCGUUCGCAGAUGCGCAAAACAGGGCGCGGAGUAACGUGGCGAAUGAUAUGGAGAGCCCGGGUAGAACGCUCGGCCCCGACGUGCCCGCCUCCGGCGACUGCGUCGGUCGGUCGCGCUACAUCGAUCUCGAUCGACGUUGCCUUUGGCGGCAGCGGCGACCUUUGUUUCGGGGGAGCGCGGUCGGAUCAGGUCCAAAGUAUGAACUCGCUAGCGUUCUCGUGUAUCAGAAUGGGCGCUGCUUCUGUGCAAAACCUUGGCGCGAGGGGACGGCGGUCAUUGACGACGGGAGGUUGGCGUUAAAACGUCCGCGCAGGUUGGCAGGCCGCCGCCUGGGGUUGGAUCGAUGGCCGUCCGCAGCGGCAUUCCGUCCCAUCCUGUGGCGCGUUGUCCCUGCCUUCCACCCCCUGCGGGGGUGGGGGCGGGCGUGGUGCCCCUUCCCCUGUCGCUCCUCGCGCGCCCCCCCUUACUAAAUCCCGAGGCCGCACCCACUUGGGCGCGCACCUUGCCCCGAUACUAUUCACAGUUGCCUUUGUAUGUGUCGGCGGGCGGCCGCGGCCACUGGUGUGCUCGCUUCGAAGGACCAGUGUGUGGCGCGCUGGCUCCGGUCGCGUUUGCUGUGGCCGCUGGCCCGCGCGCGGCACGUGCGGGCGAACCUGGCGCUGGCUUGCUUGUUCCUUGUUGCGGGUUUUUUCCCGGAACGGCGCCUGCUGCUGCCAUUUGACUCCCGUCCCCGUGAAAGCCUCAUCCGCCGUAGGGGCGGGCGGGCGAAGCCGGCGAGCGAUCUCUUAUAGCCAGAACCCCC